UGGAUACUAAAUCCAUUUCCUGUUGCUGUCUGUGAUGGAAUUAAGAGAAGAUUGAGCUCAAAAAAACAUGACAAAAUCUUUGCAUAUCAUCAUCCUAUUCACUUCAUUAUGCCUAGAAUCAUGAUUCAUUCUUGGUUCCAUCACUCGCGUGCUCCCUUCUAAACACCCUCUCUCACUCUCACUCUAGCUAAUGCUCCAUCACCCGCGUGCUCACACCCUCACUCUAACUCACACACACCUAUAAAUACCGACCACCCCCACACCAUUCUCUCACCUCAAUCGCUUCCCCUACCAAUUAACAAGAAGCCCUGUUUUCCCCUGUUUUCCUCUGUUUCCCAAAAUGGCACACUCUGGUUUUGAAGGCUACGAGAAGCGAUUGGAGCUCCAUUUCUUCGGAGAUGAUCCAACCAUCCUCCAAAUGGGUCUGAGAAAGCUUGACUUUGAAUGCAUGAUACAACCAACUCUGGAAGCUGUCCAAUGCACGGUGGUUUCCGCCGUCGGAAACUCGUACUUUGAUGCCUAUGUGUUAUCAGAAUCAAGCCUCUUUGUCUACCCAACCAAGAUCAUCAUCAAAACCUGUGGCACCACACAGCUUCUCAAAUCCAUUACCCCAUUGAUCUUCUACGCUCACACUCACCUAGGCCUCACACUCUGCUCUUGCCGCUACACCAGAGGAUCCUUCAUCUUCCCUGAAUCACAACCAUUCCCUCACACCUCCUUCGAAGAAGAAGUCACCUACUUGGAAAACACCAUCCCUGAAAACCUGUCCCUCAGAAAAGCCUCCAUCAUGCCAUCAAAAUCUUCCUCCCAUUCAUGGCAUGUUUUCACCGCCACAAACAACCCUCCCCUGUUUCACUACGAAAGCCAUCCCUACACCAUGGAGAUCUGCAUGACCGACCUCGACCCCACCCUCGCCCGGAAAUUCUUCCAGCGUCCCGGAGAUGGAAAGUCCGGCAGCUCCGCCGGAAAAGACAUGACGGAGCUCUCCGGCAUCAAUGAAAUCAACAGAAACGCACUCAUAUGCGAUUUUGCAUUUGAUCCGUGUGGCUACUCAAUGAAUAGCAUGGAUGAGGAUUGGUAUUCCACCAUUCACGUCACCCCUGAAGAUGGUUACAGCUAUGCAAGCUUCGAAUGCGCAGGGUCCAUGUCAAUGAACGAAAACAUGGUUCACAUGUUGAGGAAGGUGGUUCAGAUUUUCCGGCCAGGGACUAUGUCGGUGUCCACAACGACAACCAGUGGCUGCGGUGAUGAGGCGUGGAGGAAGGUGGUGGCGGGUGCGGUGGAGCCAAUGGGGUUGAAAUGCAGGAGUUUUGCGGUGGAUCAGUUUCCGGCAGCAGGUAGUGUUGUCUUUCAAACGUUUACGGCUCUUCGCCGGAAAAGUGAAUAGAAAAGAAGAUAGUUUUAGUUGAGAAUUUUAGUGGUGUGUAUACGUGGCAUAAUGUGAUUGGUUAAGGUCAAUGAUGAAUAUUGUUGGGUUGACUUGUUUAGAAAGUUAGAACAAGUUGGGUUCGGGAAAAGAAAGUGAUGGAGGUUGGGAACUUGGGAUACUGAUUAUGAUAAUGCACCCCACUUAGGUUUGUCACGCCUAAGAAUUUUGAGAUGCAUUGUGUAGUGGAUAUAAAAGUGCUCUUGUUCAUUGUUGAGGUUUAAAUUCAACUUUCAUUUUCUUCUUA